CACGACAACAACAACAACCGUACAAACCCUAAUUAAACCCUAACUAAAAGAGAGAAAAAUGGCAUUCGCAGUAAGAUUCAUGGCAUGCAUGGUGUUGGCAGUUUGCAUGGCGGCAGCGACCGCAAACGCAGCGAUCAGCUGUGGAACGGUGACGAGCACACUGUCACCGUGCGUCAGCUACCUCACCAAUGGUGGUUCGGUCACGUCCCAGUGCUGCGCUGGUGUUAAGGCUUUGAACAGCGCGGCUCAGACCACACCUGACCGCCAGCAAGCCUGCCAGUGCCUCAAGUCCGCCGCUCAAGGCAUCAGCGGUCUCAAGCCCGACUUAGCCCAAGGCCUCCCUGGCGCUUGCGGCGUCAGCCUUCCCUACCCCAUCAGCUACAGCACCAACUGCAACAACGUCCAGUGAAGUGGCGACUGUAUCAGGUGUGAAGAGCCUGUGGAGAAGCACGAGGAAUAAAGAAGGCUAUUCAGUAGUUAUAUAUAUAUAUGUAUGGUCUGCUCUUGAGUUGAUGGCAUGGUGCUGUGGUAUUUAUUAUCUUCUAUCCCCAUGUAUCCCUUCGACCGCUUUAUAAUCGGCAUGGAUAUCUAUCUAUCUAUACAUAUAUGCUUUGUUU